ACGGACCAGAUUCUGAUGGGAAAGUAUGGGCCUUGGCUUAAAGUCUGGACCGUGGCCCGUGGGCUCGAGCAACGGGGCCCAAAAAUCGCGCCAUUUCCUCUCAUACCAGAAAAAAAAAAAAAAAAAAAACAGAAACGAAAGGGGAACUCAUAUCUUUGAACUCCUUAUCUAGCUGCAAGCAUUAUCAAGCUCCAUGAAUUGAACAGUCUGCUGCUCUUGUGCAACAACGGAAAUCCCAUCAUGAAUUCUCUGUUGUCGUCACAGUGUAGCUUUCGUCUCCGCCUUCAGCUUUACCCUUCGGCGAGAAUCGGGAGACCCAGAUAUGUUGUGACCAUGGCGAUGAAUGGGGAUUUUGGGUCUGUAACGACGAACAAGUUUCCCCGGAGGAUGAUUGUGGAGUUUGUUAGCCACAUGUCCUUUAUCCACCUUCUUAAUCCCGCCUUUGCUGCACCCAUUCCAGCAACGGAGGAGCCUGAAGUUAUUCGGACGUUGAAGCUUGACAGCGGGGUUAGAAUUCAAGAGAUUAUUGAAGGAGAAGGACCAGAAGCUCAGGAAGGAGAUGUUGUCGAAGUAAAUUAUGUAUGUCGACGCUCUAAUGGAUAUUUUGUUCACAGCACAGUGGAUCAAUUCAGUGGGGAAAGCUCACCUGUCAUACUUCCUUUGAAUGAGAACCAGAUUAUCAAGGGCUUAAAGGAGGUUCUAGUUGGGAUGAAAGUUGGAGGCAAGAGAAGAGCUCUGAUACCACCAUCUGCUGGGUAUGUCAGUGAGAGCUUGAAACCAAUCCCAGAUGAGUUUGGUCCUCGACGUAGUCUAUUAACUCAUGCAAGGGAGCCUCUGAUAUUUGAGGUGCAACUCUUGAAGGUCCUCUGAACUUAAAUGACGAUUAAUACUGCUUCGUCCAUAGCUACCGAUUGACAGAAGCCAACCAGUAAUCGGUAGAGUCUAAUGCGCAAGAACCAGAAACCCGAUGACAUCCUGCAAUUGGAUGUAGAUUAGUCUGGGUUUAGGGAGUGGAGUUUGCAAAUUCUCUCAUUCUUGUCAUAUGACUCUUCAGGAGUCAUCAGAAGUUCUCUUUUCAGUAUUUUCCAUAUUCUUGGAGUAUGAUUUUGUAAUAUCAGAAGUUCUCUUUUCAGUAUUUUCUAUAUUCUUGGAGUAUGAUUUUGUAAUAAGUAAAUAAACAGAAUGUACAAUUUGUCAACAACACUUUCAAUAAUUUGAGUUGUUUAAGGAACUAAUACUCCACUCAAGGAAACCAACUCAUAUAUGUGGUGAAGUUUGCACAUAUUUGAAUAUUAUGUGUUUAACUAAUGGGAGUCAUGGGAAUCUAAACACAAUAUUUGUUGAUCAUCAACACCUCUCAUAUUAAAAAUAAGUUAGUCUCAAUAAUUUGACUAACAAUUCAAAUUAUGAAAGAAGUUUAAUUAUAGAUUUUAUACCGUUUAGGCAUUUACUCAAAUAAACUUGAAAAUUCUACUGGUCGUAACCCAACAAUCAUAAAAGGUUGUAACUCUGUACUUUGUAGGCAUCAUUGAAGAACCAUUAAAGUUGAUAACCAACGUUCUAAUAAGGGGCGAAUAAAAAAGAACCGCAACCCGAUCCAAAUCACUAGUAUUUACCCACUCAGUUUUUUUUUCCCCGAAAAGAUAUUAGUUUAACAACUAUCCCAAGUUCACUUACGCCUAAUAACUGAAAAAGCAACAUGAGCCAGUCUACAAAAUCGAAGAUACUAACUCUAAGAAAAUCAUCACAAAGAACAACACUCUAUGAGCAACACAGUUUGUAGUUCAUAAAAUUGUCCUAAAAUUUAAGACAUGCAUCAUAAAAAGAGCAAGACAACUGAAGACAAUCAAGAAGAAGCGACCCGCUUGUAGAAUCCGAACACACCCUUUGUUGAAGUUAACAAAUGACUUACUCUGAGGCCUUCUAUAAUCACCUUGAAAGUCGGAAAAUUGAUCGUGAAAUCAACAAAAGUUACCAUCUUCUAACAAGUUCGAUAUUAUUUGAUCAUUCCGUACGAAACAUAAGAUAUGUAAUCAUUUUGUAUAAACGGUUAUAGUUUAG